GAGACGAUAUCUCCUUACCGAGAGAGAGAGAGAGAGCAGUGAAGCUAUAUCUACUUACCGCUUUCGGUCUUUGGCUGGGGAAUGAAACCCUGGUUAGGGUUUCGUCGCUCUUCUAUGCAAGGAGAAUGAAGCCCUGGUUAGGGUUUCGUCGCUCUUCCUGGCAAGGUAUGCCCCCAUUCUCGAGCUGCAUAAAAAAAGUUUCGAUUUUGGGGUCGUUUUUGUAGAUCUUGGAGAGAGAGAGAGAGAGAGAGAGAGAGAGAGAGAGAGAGAGAGAGAGAGAGCAGUGGAGCUAUAUCUACUUGCUGCUUUCUGUCUUCAGCAGGGUAAUGAAGCCCUUGUUAGGGUUUCGUCGCUCGUCUUCGCAAGAUUCCCUCGACGACUGUAACUGUUGGUUUUCUGAAAGGGUUGUCGAAGCAUUCGGGCCAAAAGAGAAAAGGCCAAUGGGUUCAUUCUUGAGUUUACCUCAUAGCAAAGCUCGACUACUGCAGCAUCGCAAAUCCUUUGAACUAGAAGACUGUAAGAGGCUAAGGAUGUCAGCCAACUACGGUAGUGGAAACACAAGGUUGAUCCCUUGUUUGCCUGAUGAGAUUUCACUAGAGAUCUUAGCCAGAGUGCCUAGAAUUUGCUAUCUGAACAUGAAGAUGGUUUCUCGAAGAUGGAGAGCAGCUCUCUCUGGUGCUGAAGUUUAUCAGUUAAGAAAAGAACUAGGGAGAACUGAAGAAUGGGUUUACAUAUUGACAAAAGUCGAAGAUGGUAAGCUUGCAUGGCAUGCUUUAGACCCUCAGUCGGGGAGAUGGCAAAGGUUGCCGGCGAUGCCAAACACCCAGAGGGGCUCCUUAGGACUGUGGCCAAGGAUCCUGAUGGAUCCAAGCACCAAAUUUGCUGACAUGGUUAGAAGUUGGCUUGGUACGACGGAUACCUCGGUAAAUAUGCCAUUCUAUGGUUGUGGUGUCGGCACGGUCGACGGAUGUCUCUAUGUGUUAGGUGGACUGUCGAGUUCUUCAGCAAUCAAGUCUGUCUGGAGGUAUGAUCCAUGUGCCAAUUCAUGGCAGGAAUCGAGUCCAAUGACGAUCGGAAGGGCUUUCUGUAAGACGAGCGUGUUGGAUGACAAGCUUUACGUCGUUGGCGGUAUUACGAGGGGCAAGAAAGGUUUAACUUCUUUACGGUCUGCCGAAGUAUAUGAUCCACGGACAGGGUUGUGGGCACCGGUGCCGAGCAUGCUGUUCUCCAAGUUCACCAGGCCUGUUGCGGCGGGAGCGACGACGUACAAGGGCAGGCUGUGCGUGCCUCAGAAUCUAUACUACUAUCCAUUCUACGCCGAUGUCGGCGGCGAGAUGUACGAUCCCAAGACGAACACCUGGGUGGAUAUGCCCGCCGGCAUGGGCAAGGGUUGGCCGGGCAAGCAGGCGGAGACUAGUCUGAGCAUAGGGAGUAAUCUGAGCACGGUGUUGAACGGCGAACUGUAUGCCUUGGAUCCGUGCGAUGCUGCUGCGGAGGGUGCUCAGAUAAAGGUGUACGAUCAGGAAGAUGAUGUAUGGAAAGCGGUGAUGGGAAGAGUUCCCGUCCAUAACUGGAGCAAUUUUGGAGCACCGUAUAUGCUCGUCACUCUCCUCGGGAAGCUCCAUGUGAUCGCCAAAGAAUUCAACAAUGAGACUCGUGUAUUGCGAGCAGAUCCGAAGCAUUCAUGUUCUUCCUACUCCACUUGGUCGUCGUCAUCUUCUGCUGCAACCAUCUUCUCGAGUCGAAAUCCCGACAAAUCACCUGAGACGGAACGCAACCUCUGGGAGGUGAUCGCCGCUAAGAAUUUUGGCACAGCACAAUUUGUCGCUUGCCGAGUGCUUGCUAUUUAAAGGAUAUCAAAACAGUGGUGAUGUGAAAUUAAUCGAGUCGAUCUCUCGGAUGGAUGAAUCUAAAUAGUUUAGGAGAAAAGAGAAUCCAUUGUAGAUUCUUCACACACACACAAUCAAAAGGAGACGAGUGGCAUCAUCACAAUGACCAAAUCAAGCAGAGAAGAGACCAUCAAAGGCGGCCACACCAAACGAGCUUCGUGGUUCCACAGCGGUCUCCACUUCCUUGGAGGAAGAUACCUUCUCCCUGGCCUGCCUUCCGAGAGCCGAACCAGCGAAGGAAGCCGAGGAACUGAAGCACUCCUCUCUCCUACUCUUCCUCCUCCCAUGGUCUUCUUCCGUCUCCCACCGUUUUCUGCUCCUCUGGAAGUCCUCCGCCACCAGAAGAGCUAUGUCUGCCAUCCCGAUUCUUCGAGGUCUGAUGCUGAUGCUCUAAGCCUCGAUGGGUCUCCUUCGCUUAUAUGAUGUGAAGAGCUCAUCCCCGUGUCCUCAUUGCCGGUGUUCGGUGCCAUUAUGGAUAAGGCAUGCUUGUCUUUUUCUGCUUUGAUUACUGUUCCCUGUUCGCAGGAUGCUCCUCA